AUGGUCUUCCACGACGGCGACGACGUCGCUCGCAUCGACUCCAAGGCCGCCGCCGCCAUCGCUUCCAAGGUCGAGGACUACGACGCCCUCGUUCACGAUGCCGCAGAGGCAACCCAGAAGCAGGAGAGGAUGAGCGUCGGCAAGGCCAUCAGGACCUACCCGCAGGCCAUCUUCUUCUCGGUCGUCCUCUCCCUCGCCGUCAUCAUGGAGGGCUACGACACCCUCCUCAUCGGCAACUUCUUCGCACAGCCCGCGUUCCAGCGCAAGUACGGCGUCUGCAAGCCCAACGGCGAGUGCGAGAUCCCCGCCCCGUGGCAGACCGGCCUCACCAACGGCUCCCAGGUCGGUUCCAUCAUCGGCCUCCAGCUCACCGGUAUCGCCUCGGAGCGCUUCGGCUACCGCAAGACCAUCCUCGCCGCCCUCAUCGCCAUGACCGCCUUCAUCUUCAUCCCCUUCUUCGCCCCCAACCUCACCGUCCUCCUCGUCGGCCAGAUCCUCCAGGGCCUCCCCUGGGGUGUCUUCCAGACCCUCACCACCUCGUACGCCGCCGAAGUCACCCCCGUCGCCCUCCGCCCUUACCUCACCACCUGGGUCAACGGAUGCUGGGUCGUCGGUCAGCUCAUCGCCUCGGGCAUCCUCCGCGCCACCGUCAACCGCACCGACCACUGGGCCUACAAGAUCCCCUACGCCAUCCAGUGGGUGUGGCCCGUCCCCAUCUUCAUCGGCUGCUGGUUCGCCCCCGAGUCGCCCUGGUGGCUCGUCCGCCAGAACCGCCUCGAGGAUGCAAAGCACUCGCUCCGCCGCCUCGCCGCCUCCGGCUCCGAGUUCACCGAGCACGAGGCCGACCAGACCGUACAGAUGAUGAUCCACACCAACGAGCUCGAGAAGGCCGCCGCCGAGGGCGGCUCCUACUGGGACUGCUUCAAGAGGACCGACCGUCGCCGUACCGAGAUCGCCUGCGUCGUCUGGCUCAUCCAGGUCUUCUGCGGUGGCCCCCUCAUGGGUCUUUCUUCCUACUUCUACACCAAGGCCGGCCUCCCCACCGACCAGGCUUUCAACCUCACCAUCGGCCAGUUCUCCAUGGGUCUCGUCGGCACCAUCAGCUCCUGGUUCCUCCUCAAGAAGGUCGGCCGUCGCCCCCUCUACCUCUACGGCCAGAUCGCCCUCUUCUUCCUCAUGAUCACCAUCGGCGGCCUCGCCUUCAAGUCGGACGACAAGAACGUCUCGUGGGCCAUCGGCUCCAUGCUCCUCAUCUUCACCUUCAUCUACGACCUUACUGUUGGACCGCUCUGCUACUGCAUCGUCGCCGAGAUCUCGUCCACUCGUCUCAGGGCCAAAACCGUGGUGCUCGCCCGUAACGCCUACAACAUCGGCGGCAUCAUCGCCAACAUCCUCUCGCCUCGCAUGCUCAACUCGACCGAGUGGAACUGGGGCGCCAAGGCCGGCUUCUUCUGGGCAGGCACCGGCGCCAUCUGCAUCAUCUGGACCUUCUUCCGUCUGCCCGAGACCAUGAACCGCUCCUACGGUGCCCUCGACAUCCUCUUCGAGCAGAAGGUCUCGGCUCGCAAGUUCGCCUCCACCGAGGUCGACAUGUUUGCCUCGCACACCCAGGCCGUCGCCCACGGCACCAGCUCCGUCGACGACGAGAAGUCCAGCUCCACCGACAAGGUCGACGGCGUCGUCGCCAACACCACCGGCCUCGGCUACAAGUACGAGGCUUAG